AUGAAGAAGGAAAAAAAGAAAUAAAAAUUAAAAAGUUCUUUAGAUGAAAGAUUUAUAGAAUUUUAUAUUUAAGUCAGAGUACUAUGCGAACAUUAUUUAGUCAAAUUUAAUAGCACCAUAAUUAAUUUUGUUUUGAUAUUUUCAACAAUUUAGGAAUUGAGCUUUUUAUUAUUGAAUUAUCAAGAGGGAUAUUUUGAAAGAGGAAUCAAUUUUUUUACAUUUAUUAGAGAAAUUUCUUUAGCUUCUCGAAUAAAAUUAAGUUCAAAUAAUGAAUUCAAAGAUUUUAGUUACUUAAUACCAUUAUGUAUCACAUUACUAUAUUAAAUUGUACUGAUAUAUUUAUUUAUCAUAUAUUUGGGGAAAAAUAAAAAAUAGUAUAGAUUGAGUGAAUUUUUAAAAACUUAGAAUAGAUUAAUUUAAAUUCUUUUAAAAAUAUUGUCAUAUUAUCAUUCAUUACUCUAUUACAUACUUAUAAUUCCAAUGAUGGAAUUUACAUUAGAAUCAUUAUUUCAUAAUGCAUAAAGUUCAUCUAUUAAUAUGAUACAUUUAUCAUUUUCAAUAAUUACACUAAUAUUUGUGAUUGCAAAUUUCUUAAUUUAAUUGUUUUGUAAUUUAGAAUCUAUAUCAAUUACUCCUUUAAAUUUAUAAUUGUUAUAAGCAACUUUUAGUAAUUAUUGGAAAUCUUUAUUAAAUCUAAUAAUUAUUGUUAUUGAUUAAAUGGAGAGUACUAAUUUAACUAAAUUUUAUCUAAUUUUUAGUAUAACUUUAAUAAAAUAAUCCAGUAAUUUUUGGGCUUUAAUAUGGAGUUAUCCAAAUUUACAUCAUAGAUAAAAAGUUGAAAUUUAAUUUAAUUUCUUUCAAAUAACUAUAGCAAUCAUAUUAUUUAUUAAUUAGGUUUCAGAAUAAAAAUAAGAUACAUAUGAUGUAUUAUUAAUAUUAUUAAUAUCACCAAUAUUAAAUGAAAUGAUAUAUAAUUAUGAAAUUAAAUAACAUGAAUCAUUAAUGAUAACAAAUAGUUCUAAAAUUACAGCUGAUAUGUUAUAAUAUAAAAUUGGUAAUAUCAUUUAUGAAUAUGGUAAUUUAUAAUCAAAUUACUUAUAAGAAACAAAAAAGAUUACAUAUAUUCAUUACAUUAAAUAAACUCAUUUAGAUGAAUGUGAAGAUUCUAAAUGUUUAUGUAGAAGAUAGAUUAUAUCAUUUGAAGAUGUAAUUAACUUAUUUCUUAAAGAUUAAGUUAAGAAUUUUGAUAUUUUGAUAUCAAGAACAAAAGAUGAUUCUGCUAGAUAAUCAUAUUUUUUACAUUAUUUAUCUCUAAUUAAUUAUCUAGGAUUGAAUACUAAAGCAUUUUAAUAAUCUAAUUUUUUAGCCUAACUUGAUAGUGAAUAGAUUCAAUUUAGUUCAUCUGCUACACAUGGAGUUAAUUAUUAAUUCAAUCAUUAAUAAAGUGAUAGAAAAGAAUAAAAUAAUAGUUCAGAUGGUAAAAGUCAUUCUAUUUAAAAAUCUAAAUCAGGAGGUGAUAAAAGUGGAUAAAGUACUACACAUAUAAGAUUAAAUAAUAUGGGAUUUAUUGCUAGAUAAAAACUUAAUUUAAUUUAAGAAUAGAUUAAAUAAUCUAUGAGUAUGGGAUUUUCUAAAUAAUCUGCUUAAGUUUCUGAAAAUUUAGAACAUGCUGUUAAAUUAUUUCUAUAAUCUGAAGAUAAUAAUAAAAGAUUAAGAAAGAAAGUAGUUAAGAUGAUUAAUAGAAAAAGAGAAUUUUUCAAUAAUUUAAAUUAAUUAAGUAAUGAACUUAAUAUUUUUGAAGCUGGUAAGAAACUUCUUAUUUAAAUGAAUACUCUUGAAGAUUAAUUAUAUAAAUUAUAUGAUUAAUUUCCAAGUUAAAAAAUGCAAGCACUUAAUACAUUUUAUUAAUCUGAAAUAAUGAAUAAUUAUUUUUCUGCAUAUAAAUUAGCAACAAUAGCUUCAAUAUCAGAUGAAAAAUUAUUAAAAAUGUAAUCUUAAACAAAUUUUGAUUUGUUUUCUAAUAAAAUAGAUUAUUUAAUAAUUGGAUUUGAUUAAUAAUCACAUAAAUUAUCAAUUAGAAGUGGUUCAAAUAUGAUUCAUUAAUUUUUUGGUUUAUCUUAAGAUUCAUUUAAAAUGAUCUCUUUAAUUAAUUCAAUAUUACCAUAAGGAUUUGAAAUAGUACAUGAAAAAUUAGUAGCUAAUUUUUUAUAACAUGGAGUAUCAAAAUAUUUUAGAUAAAUAAAUUUGAAUUUUUGUUAAUAUCAAUAAAGGUUUAUAAAAACAGUAGAUUUUUUUUAUGAUAUUAAUUUUAUGAAUUUAGAUGAUUUAACAUUUGCUUGUUUCCUUUAAAAUGUUGAAACUCAAAGUGUUUAUCUAUUUUCUUUAUCAAAUCACAAAGUAUCAGGAAUAUCAAAAAACUUUAUCAAUAAAUUAGGUUAUAGUAAUAAAUUAAAUAAAGAAUUGGCUUAAGCUUUUCAAAAAGUUCCAUUAAGUAAAGUAUUUCCUAAAAUUUCUUUAAUACUUGAAGCCAACAUCACUAAAGCUUCAGAUGUUAAUUAAGAUAUAAUUGAUGUGACUUAAAUAAGUGAAUAUUCAAUGUUAAUGUAUGUUCCAAUAGCUUUACUCUUGGAAAAUAAUUCAAAAAUAAAUUGGGAAAAUUAGGAUCAUUUAACUAAUUAUUAAGUGGAUUGUAUUUUACAUAUAAGAAAUUUCAAAACUGAAUUGAGUUAUAUUAUAAUAGAAAUUAAAGAAAUUAAAAAAUAAUCCAGAACAGAAAAUACAACACCUGAACCAUAAAUGACAUUAGGAUAUAAUUCAAAUUAAGAAUUUGAAAGUUUUAAUGCAUAUGAGAUUGAUCAAGAAGAUAUAGAAUAUGCAGUAAAUAUGCCUAAAGCAAUUGAAUUAUAUGGUUUAGAAGAUUAAACAGCAAAUUUAGAAAAUUUAGAUAAUUUGGAUCAAUUUGAUUACAAUAUAAAUAAAUUGAGAGUUAAUGAUAAAAGUUUAAAUUAAUCAUAUUAAUAACCAUAUCAAAAUUAAUCUAUGAUGAGUCCAAAAGAUAGUGGAUUAAGAUUAAUUGAAAAUAAAAAUCCAGAUUUUAAUGUAACUUAAAUUAAAAGUAAAUAAUUUGGUAAUAAAUAAUAAUUCUUUAAAUCUGUUGAAUAAAUUGAAUAAGAAGAGUAAUCUUCAUCAUUUUAAUAAAGUAGUGAAAUUAAAAAACAAUAGAUGAUAGAAAAUUAAGUAGAUAAACUAUAAUAUGAUGAUAUAGAUUAAGAAUUAUAAGAAAAUAUUAGAAUGUAAAUGUAAAUGGAUUCAAAAGAAUAACGAAUUGUUCAUAUUGAUGAUAUUGGUUCAUAAGUAAGUUCAAUUGCAGGAUUAAAAAAAUCAAAAUACUCUAAAAAAUAUGAUUUAAUUGAAAAAUUGAUUAAUUCAACUAAAUUUUCAAAGAAAUUUAAAAUAAUGUUAGUGUUUUAAACACUAAUGUUUAGUUUAUUUUUAGUCUAUAGUGGAGUAAUGUUAUAUUAUUCAAAUGAUGAUUUAAAUAGAUUCUUAGAAGAAUUAGAUUUAAUUUAAAUAAAGUCUAAUAUAAUUGGUCCUGUUAAUAAGUACAUAGUAUCUUAGAAUUCAUUAACAACAUAUGCUGUUCUAUUACUUUUAUAUCCAAAUAUUACAUUAUAAAGUUAAAUAGGAAAAAUGUAAUAUUCAAUAAAAGAUAUAAAUUAUACUUACUUUGAACUUAAAGAUAGUUUUACAAAAUAGUUAUCAAAUCCUUAUUUAAAUCCAUUCUUUGAAGAUAAGUAUUUCAAUAUUAUGGUAGGCAAGUAUCCUAAUACUAGUAAUUAUUCUAUAUCAGCAAGAGAAUCAAUGUAUUUAUAUUUAGAAGCUUGUUACAAUUUUGUCAAUAUAGAUUAUCUUAAUAUCAUUAAUUUAGAUAUUACUUAAGGGUUUUUAGUAUUUCUAUAUGCAAAUUAUUAAACAUUUGUAGAAUAAUUGUAACUAUUAAAUGAAGAGAUGGUAAAUUACUCUAUAAUUAGAUCAGGUACUGUAUCUGAAAAAUGGAAUUACCUUCUAAUUCCAAUAAUAGUAGUUUGUUUUUUCUUAUUGUUUAUAGGUUUUACAUUUUAUAAAGCUUAUUUAAAUUAAUAUGAUAAUUUUCUUUAACUUUUUAAUUUUAUAGAUGUAGUUUGGUUACAAAGAGAUAUAGAUAGAUAUAGAGGAAUAGCCUCAUUAUUAAUAAAAGAUUCAGAUGUAUUAUUUAAAUAUUAAUUUGAUAUUGAUAUAAAAGAGAAAUUUUUAGCAGCAGAAGAUAUAAGGAAGGAGAAAAUUGCUUAGAAUUAAAAAAAUAAUAAAUAAAAAUAGAAAGGAUAGAUUGCUAAUUUGAAUUAAAAGAUGUCAAUAUUACCUUCACUAUCAACAUUUACAUUUAUAUUUGGAAUUUGUUUUAUUUUUUGUUUUAUAACAAAUUCUUUGGGAAGAAAUUAUUUUUAAAAGUAUCCUGAUACAACAACAUUUUUUAAUUCUCUAUCUGAUUUAUGUAUAGCUGUUAGUGGAGUAUUUUCUAUGAGAGAAGUUACAUAUUAUUAAAAGUUUCCAUUAGGUACCAUCUUUUAUUUUCUUCCUGAUAAAAAUGCAACAUUUUUUGUUCAAAAUUUCUUUGAUUAAAUAGACAUUAUCAAUAAUUUCUUAUCUCUUAUAGUUUAGAUGGAUAGAUCCAAAUAUAUAACAUCUGAUGAUUUCAUUUCAGAAAUGGAUUUAAUGAUGAGCACAGAUGUUUGUUAAUUUUUACCAGCUGUAAAUUUUUAGAUUAUUAUAAUAAGAAUAAAAUAGAGAUGGCUUAAAAUCAUUGUGAUGCUGUUUAUUAAGGAGUUUUGCGUAAAGGAUUUUAGGCUGCAGGUACAACAAUAAGAAAUGAUUUAUUAAAUGAAUACAAUCAAACAAAUGGAUUUGUUCUUAAAGUAUACACACCAUAAGAGGAACUUGAGGCUGGUUUAAUAUUGUAUGAUACUAUUUCAGUUUUGAAAUAACAAUUUCAAAGUUAAUUGAAAAAUUCAACAGAUGAAUUGAUUUAACAAAUAUUGGUAAAUUCUUAAUUGACAUUUUUAGAUAAUAAAUUUAAUAUUCAUAAUACUGAUGGUGUUGACCAUUCUUUUGAUUUUCACAAAGAUAUUGUCAUAUUUUAAAUGGGAAUUUAAUCUCAUGAAACGAUUUUUAUUGUUGCUACCACAAUAAUCAUUGUUUUUAGAUAAUCAAUUAGAUAGGACUAUUAGAUAAAUGGUUGUGAAGGAUGA